AUGGACUCCUCCAAAGACACACCUUUCCCUCCAGCGGGCGAUCUCCCUCUUCAUCGCAAUGCGCCUCUUGCACCCACACAAGAGCUUGCCUACAGGAAGAAAUGCAUUCAGCUAAAGCGACGUCUCGCUGAGAUCGAGUCCAAUAACGAUGCUACCCGCAAGAGAAUCAUUCAGGAAACGGAACACGUCCAGAAGAUGCGCCUGUUGCGUGCGAUCCUUCUCAAUCACCUGCAGGAAAUUAUGACUGCUCCAGCUAAAAAAUUGACUCCCGAACAACUGGACAAGAUUGGAGUCCUGGCAAACGGCGGCGGGAACCUGGCAGAGUUGGCUGGCAGCGGCGUGGUCCCCGAGUUACAACGCAGCAGACCUGAAGGGGAAGGAUUACUGGACGACAGCUCUGAAGCGAGCGAUGAAGAUGAACCCGAGCCCGUCGAGCGACCUGAGCGGCGAAAAAGAACCAUCAUCCCAAGGGCGCCAAAUAUGUAUCAACACAGCACAUUACCCAACCUUGCUCCCGCAAGCUCUUUCUCUCCAGUCCCCCCUCACGAUCCAGCGGCGCUCACCUCCUCUUUCCGUCUCAAUUCUUCUACUCCACAAGCGCCUGCGAACCCUGGAACACAACAGCAAUUUCCGGACGCUGUAUAUCCACAAUCCUCUCCUGUGCCAGCCAACGAGCACUUGGGUGUGGCGUAUCAGUCGCCGAGUCAACCACGAGCACCAAGCAUAACCUCUGCUCAUGAUGCCGGCGCGAAUGGCCUUACCCGUGCUUCGGGUGCACAUGUACGGCCAGAACGACCAGAAGCACCUUACGUGCAAUUCACAAUGCACAUGAGACCACAGCUAGAAGCUGACGACUACCCUCCUGAUCAAAUUCCUGCUCGUAUCCAGGCUGAGUGGGAUGGUCUUAGCGCCGAUAACAGGAAGCUAUGGGAUGACAGAUAUGAAGACCAGAUGAAAGAAUAUACGGCCGCGAUGGAUGCUUGGAAGCGUGCUACUAGGCGAGAACCCUCAGGCAGUGGCUUCUCCUCCAUCAACUCGUAG